AGCAGGGGCGUUGGCUGCAAUGAGUUUGGCCUAGAGAUAGCAGAGAAAGAUGAGGUUGGGCCUGAUUGUGGAGGGCCCUGCAGGCCAUGUUGAGGAAUCUAGAUUUUAUCCCGUUGGCACUAGCAAGCCAGUUUUAAACAAAUGAGCGAUAUGAUUAGCAGUGUGUUUGGGAAAGAUCCCUCUGGUGUUCUGUGAAGGUUAGGACCAACUGAGUCUUUGUAAGUAAGGUUGGAGAGGAGGUGGCUGUAAAGACCAAAGUGAGAAACACAGGAUAGCGCUGUGACGUGGAACUUGGGGCCAGCACUGAUGUUUAGCAUAGAGCCUGGCACACAGAGGGACUUUGAUAAAAGGCUUGAACUGAGGUGACAAGAUGGAGCCCAUGCAAGAGCAGACUUUAGGUGCUUUCUACUGGCAUGACCACUGUGUUGACCUUAGACAAGUCCUUUCCUCUCUCUGGCUUCCUUUCCCUGUGUGCAUCAUAAAGUGAGUGACACCUAACUCUCCCAAGGGUGGAAAAGGGACUCUCCAAGGGAGGUCUCCAGAAAAAGCUGCUUUGUCAGUCCAGUCCCUGCCCUGUUCAGAGCCUGUCUGGAGCUCCCCAGUGCCUUCUCACCCAGGCAUUCCUAGCUCUCAUGACUUGACCCCCAGUCUACUCUUAUAGCCUUAUCAUCCUCUGCUGCUCUUUACAUAUCCCUCACCUGCCUGUGCUGGACCUGUGUGCUCUUGCUCCUGUUUUUCUUCCCUUCCUACUCCCUGUAAACUCACAACAGGGCCUUGGGGCCAGAGGGCUGAACCCAUCUGGCCACCUGCCUAGUGUCCCUCUCUAGGCGUAUAACUCUAGAUGUAGUGAUAUUCAGCCUUUCCUGGGAUUUCUAUAUUCAUGUCCUAUCUCUCUGUGGAUUGUGAGUUCCUUGAGAGGAUGACUCUGUCUUACUCUUCCCACAGCCCCCACCGUGCCUAGCACAAGGCCUGGCACAAGUGGUUAUUGUUGGUGUUUGAUGAACAAGGGAAUAGCUCAUUCAUUGAUUGCAUCUGUUCACCAUGCAAGGGCAAUUGUGAAGAGUAGUCAGGAGUGAUUGACCCAUCUGUGUCAUGUUUUAACAAACAGUUCAUUAACCACUUCAAAAUCCCCCAUUUCACCCAGUGACCCUUAAGUUAACCUAGAAUGGCAGCUUUGCUUGUUCCCUUUUUAUAGAUGGAGAAACCAACAUUCAGAAAGCUAGUUAAUGGCUGAGCCAGGAUAAAAAUUUUUGGCUCUUUUUCCUUGUAGCCCAGUAGACUGAGAGUGGCAUGAGCUGCUAUUUGUUCUCCUGUUCUCUCUGAUCUCUCCUUGUAGGAGCCCAGCAGUGUUAGGCUGGGUGGCAUAUGCUGUGCUUUUACAUCUUGUCUUCAAGAAUGAAUCCUGAGCUUAGAGGGUAUCCACAGUUUGGCUCUCCCAUGAGCUUUGUAGCUACCAAAUCAUUUGGUUUACAUCUUUAGAAAUUUUGCUUCAGGAAACCUUAGGACCUAUGAAGGCUCCCUGGGCUGGCCAAGCUCACCCAGCAAGUCUGGAACAGAACCGUUAAGGGUCUGGACUGGGUGAAGCCAAGGUUGGGUGAAGGCAGCCUCUUGGGCUGUUUUUCUCCCCUGUAAACCAUCAAAGAACACUUGGUGUUAGUCAUGGCUCUGCAGGGCCCGGUUUUGUGGGGCUUGUGUGGUGACCAUUGAGUCCCCACUGUGGGGAUUGUUUCACAGGAAGGGAAAGCUGGUGUUCCUCUAGAUGGCCUGAUAUGAAGGAAUCACACCUCUCGCCUCCCCAAGCUGCAACUGCCUUGUCCUUCAAGUGCAGGAGCUGGUUGAAAUGUCAGGAAUGGAAGCCAAUGUGACUAUCCCAAUCUGGCAAAACAAGCCACAUGGGGCUGCUCGAAGUGUAGUGAGAAGAAUCGGGACCAACCUACCCCUGAAACCCUGUCCCCGGGCAUCUUUUGAGACUCUGCCCAAUAUCUCUGACCUGUGUUUAAGAGAUGUGCCCCCAGUCCCUACCUUGGCUGACAUUGCUUGGAUUGCUGCAGAUGAAGAGGAGACAUAUGCCCGGGUCAGGAGUGAUACACGCCCCCUGAGGCAUACCUGGAAGCCCAGCCCCCUGAUUGUCAUGCAGCGCAAUGCCUCAGUGCCCAACCUGCGUGGGUCAGAGGAGAGGCUCCUGGCCCUGAAGAAGCCAGCCCUGCCAGCCCUAAGCCGCACCACUGAGUUGCAGGAUGAACUGAGUCACCUGCGCAGCCAGAUUGCCAAGAUAGUAGCAGCUGAUGCAGCUUCGGCUUCAUUAACGCCAGAUUUCUUAUCUCCAGGAAGUUCAAAUGUCUCUUCUCCCUUACCUUGUUUUGGAUCCUCAUUCCACUCUACAACUUCCUUUGUCAUUAGUGACAUCACCGAGGAGACAGAGGUAGAGGUACCUGAGCUUCCAUCAGUCCCCCUGCUUUGUUCUGCCAGCCCUGAAUGUUGCAAACCAGAACACAAAACUACCUGCAGCUCGUCUGAAGAGGAUGACUGCAUCUCUCUGUCCAAAGCCAGCAGCUUUGCAGACAUGAUGGGUAUCCUGAAGGACUUUCACCGGAUGAAACAGAGCCAAGAUCUGAACCGGAGUUUAUUGAAGGAGGAAGACCCUGCUGUGCUUAUCUCUGAGGUCCUAAGGAGGAAGUUUGCUCUGAAGGAAGAAGAUACCAGUAGAAAAGGAAACUGACAACACUCAGCCCUGCAAACUCAGUCUGAUGCUCCUGGAAUUCCUUUAAUAGCUGCCUUCCUCACCGCAGAUGUUUCUGCCUCUCAAUGAGAAAUCUUCUGCAACAGUCUUGCUGACAAGCUAGAGCUUGGACUGAAAGAGAAGAGCCGGAUUAUAUGUUUCCCAUACUUCAAAGCCUAGCAGAAGCUAAGGCCUGUGAUUUAUUACAGGUAAUCAUGUAGAAUGGAGUGUCUCAGUUUUAAAGGGUAAGACGGAACUUUCUGUUUUUUCCUCAUCCCUGUGUGAAAAUAGGUCCUAAAUGAAUGACUUCACUGCAUUAGACCCCAUAAAUGGUUUCAUUGGACACUUUGUGCCCAGCUGUCACUCGCUCUCAGUGGCUUCCUUGCAGCAGAGCAGGAUAGAGCGGAAGGGGCUUUAAAUGUUUGUGUACAUGUUCACAGGGCAAGGCAGGGAAAAUCUUACGCUGCUCCAUCAAAAACCUACACCAAUGCCCUGCAAUCACCCUCUCUAGAUGUAGAGGUUGGACCACUGAACCAGCCAACACUUGGGCUGCGCUGGGAGGCCUGGGCUGUUUUGUUCUUAAACAUAUUUUAUAAUACUGAACAAUUAAAUCUACCCUCCAAGGCCUUGGGGGUCUCAUUGGUUCCACUGAUUAAAAACUUUCUCUUCCACGGACUUCAGUUUAAGCCUGGUAGGGAGGGGAAAGAACAUACCAUCUUUCUUCCAGGCCCCUGACUGCUCCUUUAGGUUGGGCCACGGUUUGUACCUACCACACCAUGCAUGACUCAGAUGCCUUCAGGUCCCUUUCUCUAUGGUAUGUAUACUGUGUGUGUUUGGGUUGAAGUACUACCUGACAUUAAAGGAAGGAUUUGGAGAGCUAAUGCA